AAAUUAUAGAGCAGUAAUAUUUUACAUUUGAAUUUGUAACUGUUUCUCUUGUUAUCAGAUUACCUACUCUUUAUUGUUAAUGCGAUAAUGUUCCCCUGGAGAUGAAUCCAAAAUGCACUGAUAAUAAUGAUAACGUAAAAGAUUUUGUGCAAUAUUUAUUUAUUAAAGAAUACUAUGUUUGUUUCAGAUGCCGCAUUGGAGAAAGGACAUGGCAACGACUUAAAAAAUAAAAAUUUAGCAAAUCUAUGCGCUAACUCUUAACAAGAAGGAUGUAUAUUUAAAUUAUCUGUUAACCCAUGCGGCGCUAAAUUAUGAAUAAAUUGUGACUACCGAAAUGUAGAGAUAAAAGAUAUUAUAGGGUUACACCACUUUUUAUAUGUUUGUUUCCAUUAUCCUUAACAUUUGUAAAAUAGCUUGAAAGAAGAAGAAUGUUUGGGUUAUACGGUUGGGAGUGGCGGCUCCUAGCUUUAUAUACCGAUUGCUUGAAAAUGAUAGAAUUUUACGAUGUUAGGUAUAAGUGGAACUACAUAUUAUGUGUAACAAAUAGUUUUGAUUCGUAGGCAUUAGGUACUUAUAGUCUGUGAAUCGGUAUAAAGGGCUUAAUAUAUAAAAAUGACGUAUGUAAUUACGCGGAAUCUUUGCGGAUUUUAUAAUUUAUAAUAGUAAAUAAAUAUACUCGGCUCUACUGUGCACUACUAAAAAUAAUGUAAACUUUAAUAUAACUAUGCAACUGCUUAUAAUUUGUACAAAAUGCUUUAAAUCAUAUCUAUACUUCACAGAUACGCGGCGCCACAACCACUUCAAAGGUUUAAAAGUGAUUAACUUCAGAUUUACCAACAAAGUUCUGCAGAAUGAAGUAGAUGAGGCUUUCCUUAAUAUCCACAUACAGGAGUUAGAACCGCGGCAGAACGUAACCAUAUUAGAAGACCAUUUUAACGUGAACUAUCAAGUCAAUAGAAUAACAAGAAAUAGUCAAGGGAAUAAGGCCUCUGUGCCCUAUGCAGAGGGGUCAAUAAAACUGUCCAGAAAGGAGUUAAAGACGGGGAAAUGGGUAAAGGCAAAUGUCACGAACAUGGUUGCCGAAUUCUUCAGGCUACCCAGAGAGAACUUAGCGAUAGUAGUCAGGGUACUAGACUCGAAGAACAAAAUGAGCCUAGUAGUACCCCAUCCCAGUUCAGAAUCAAAUAACGCAUUGAUGCCAUACAUAGAAGUAAGUCUUAGAGACAAUUCACACAAGAGGACGCGACGAAUGAUAGGAAUGGAUUGCACGGAGAAUUCCAAAGAAGUGCGAUGCUGCAGAUACCCGCUGUCUGUCAACUUCGAAGAGUUCGGCUGGGACUGGAUCAUCGCACCCAAGCAGUACGACGCGAACUACUGCAGCGGGGAGUGCCCAUACAGUUUCUUGCAGAAGUACCCCCACACACAUUUAGUGCACCUGGCAGCGCCACAGGGCAGCGGGGGACCCUGCUGUGCCCCGAGGAAAAUGAGCAGCAUAUCCAUGCUGUAUUUCGAUCACGAUUUAAAUAUAAUUUAUGGGACUAUCCCCGGUAUGGUCGUCGAGAGCUGUGGUUGCUCAUAGCAACCGCCCCGCGUAGGCCCCGAGUGCGAUCCCCCGGUAUUAGCCAGGAUCCACCGCUCUCGGUGGCGCGCGACAGCUUGGGGCUCGGUGAAGUGUCGCCUUUGCGAUGUGAUAAAAUCUGAUGAAGACUGCAAACUCUUUGUGAUGUGUGUUGUGUGCCUUGUACGUUUUGCUUUUGUACAACUAGUAUAUUCAAUACUUAUUCUUGGUUCAUUUCGAUUAACCUAGAGAUUUAAAUUGUAAAUACUUACUAGCGUUCAUAGUUUCUCGAAUGUCUCUGAGCUCAAAACUCACUCACGUUUUCGACUAACAUUGGCGCAAAAUAGUUUUAUAUAUUUCUCUUCAUUUUAUCGUCCCAAUUGCAUUUACGUGUUUAGUGCUAAAAUUUAGUUUCGUAAGUUUUUCAUCUGUAAGUAGAAAAUGAAUACGAUCACAGGCACGGUAAAUUACUUCGGUCAUAAAAUGUCCGUGAUGUAAAAAUGCGAAUAGUUGACGAUUUGCCAAGAAUGUAACAAUAAAAAAAAUUAUGCACACAAUAAGCUUUUGUUUUAUAAAAAUGUCUUGGAAAUAUUUGUGAACGUGAUCUAUAAUAAAUUUGCAAAUUCAUGCUAAUGUUCGUUACUUUUUCAUAGCAUAUAGAAAUGACGUAGAGGUGGAAUUUAUGAAAUUAACUGUAAUACGUUUUAAAAAUAUUCGUCAAGUGCCUGUGACGUAGCGCUUCCGUGACGGAAUGUACUAGAAAAUCGCCAUGUCGAUAUGUCACAUCAAGAUCUAAAUUUAAUUAUAAGUAGAUAGGUAGUUUAUGUAAUUUCGAUGUAUUUUCUUGACUCUUUGUUUGGACGUCAUUCGGAUCUCGAACAAAAUUUAUUUCUUUUAGGCUUAGCGGGUGGUGCUUAAAUGUAGUAUUUUUUAAAUAUUAAAACAUAGUACCUACCCUGUGUUUAAAUCGUAUUAUUGAUGACGUAGUUUGUUUAGAUGUUUCGUAUUGUAAGUUUUAGAAAAUAUAUUUUUGUCGGGCGUUAUUUCAAAAUUAGAUCUCAUUGGGCAUCGAGAAUAUUAAUGUGCCUCUAUAAAGAUCUCUCAAUGUUUUUUUGGAUCGCGAAUGAAAUUUUAUACAAAAUUUAGGGGUAAGGGAAAUAUUUGAAUUGUCUACUUGUCAAAAUUUUAACUAACAAUGUCGUGUUAUAAGUUUUUUAAAUAAAUUUUCAAUUCAUA